GCCUUGGAAUGAUGAAGACGUACAAAACAAUGUACAUCGAAUUGUCUUCUUUUUCAUUAAGCUCAGCCGGCAACUAACACAGUACACAGCCAUGGCAGACCAAAAUAGAACCAUAUAAAACAUAUUCCCCCUCCAUAUUGUUAGCAGAUAUAUGUUACCAAAAUCCACCCUAUUGCCGACGGGCGAAUGGGGUGGCGCAGUGGUUGUUGUAAGGUGUUGGCGAUAGUGGCCAUUUUACUACCUUGUGUUUUGGGAAAGGAAUAUGUAGUUGGAGAUGAACAUGGGUGGAGCAUCAACUUUGACUACCAAGCUUGGGCUCAGGGGAAGCUCUUCUUUGUUGGGGACUCACUCAUAUUCAACUACCAGCAAGAGAGGCACAACGUAUUCAAAGUUAACGGCACAGCCUUCAAAGAGUGCACUCCGCCGGCCAACGUUCCACCGUUAACGACCGGAAGUGACCGAAUUCAGUUGAAAUCAGCAGGAAAAAAAUGGUAUAUCUGCGGUAUCGGCUUCCACUGUACUGCCGGACAAAGGCUCGCCAUUACAGUGCUGGACAAAGGAGCUGGUGUUCCUUCUCCGUCUCCAUCACCACGGCUUCUUCCAACACCGCCAGCCUCCCUUCCGACCAACUCAACCAAUGCACCCCCACCCGCACCAUCAACCGCCACAAAAGCGGCUGUUUCCGUCUUCCUGAUGGUGUUUACUAUUCUGCUCGCUGGGAUAUUAUGAUCAAAGCUCUUGAUAUAUAUAUUUUUUUAACUUCACUCUCUUGUUUUAUUUUCAUUUGCGUUUGAGAUUGCUUGUUUCUCUUUUAUAUUUAUUUCCAGUGUGUUUAGGGGAGAGGUUGGAAAACAAUAAAUUAUUAUAAUUGUGGUAACUGAUCAAUUUUGUUUUGAUAUUAAUAUUUAUGUAAUUAGUACUCUGUUGAUUUUUCUGAAGGUAUAUUGAAUU